AUGGAAGAAACCGCAGCGGCAGCAGCAGCAACUCAGAGAGAUCAAUCAACGGAUACGGAAUCAUUAAUCAUACAACCAGGCCUUGAUCGACCGUCCACGUGUCCCGAUGAACCCGACCGCACUGAACCGAAACUCAAUUUGAACCAGGGCGAGAUCUUCAAGGCACUAGAAAUCGUCGAGAGAGACUCUCUAGCCAUCGCCGAUAGCUUCACUUCUCUUUUCGCUUCACUUCGUUUUGCUCUCUCUGAGGCAACUAGUACAUCAGUUGAUCACAUGCAAUGUUUUGGUGAUGCUGCUGGUCGUCUUCAAGAAUCUGUGCUUGAUGCAGCAACGAAGGGGAAUCGGUUGAUAAAUUCGUGUCUUAGAUUGAAUGAGGAAAUGAAGGACAUUGACACUCUAGCCACUCAACUGGAGAAAAAUCCUGAGGAGAAACGUCGAUGUGCUGGACUCAGCUGUGAACAAACUCCUCCGCUUUCCAUGAACCACCAACAUGGAGUUACUCAGCUGAAUGGUCUUUAUCACUCACGAGAACUUUUUAUACAACUUCAUCCGCCUCCCAUACUGGUUUUACUUGGGAAGGUUUGA